GUCAAGCUACGAAAAGUUCUUAGAACCAAUCAAAAACUUGUUGGACUUUAUUCAAAAUCAAGUAGAUGAGAGGAAAGAAGCUAUACGGUCAGGAGAACACAUUAUUGUCGAUGAAGGUACUGACUAUGUGGACGCCUACUUGAAGAAAAUUGAAGAUGAGAAGGAUAACCCUAACACCAGUUAUACAGAGAGCUCUCUCCUGAUUAACCUGCUGGAUAUGUGGAUCGCUGGGCAAGAGACAACUACAACAACUAUUCUGUGGGGUUUAAUCUAUUUCCUUAAUCAUCCGGAGGUGACCAAGAAGAUAAGGAAGGAAAUUCUUGAAGCAACUCAGAGCUCACGAACUCUGACGCUCAAGGAUAAGAACGCCACUCCAUAUUUCAAUGCUGCCGUCAACGAAAUACAUAGAGUGACUGCUCUACUAACAAUCAACCUAUUCCGACAAGUCCGAGAGAAAACGAACAUCGGUGACUAUAUCAUUGAGCCAGGAGUCCCAAUAACAGCUGAAGUAUCUCUUAUCAUGUCCAAUGAAAAAGAUUUCAAGGAUACGGAAAAGGUAACAUCUUACACUGAGAGUACAAUUCAUCUCCUUACUCCAGUUCUGCCCCGAACGAUUCUUGGAGUCUGA